AUGUCUGCGCAGCUCACUCCCUCCAAGCAGGCUGCUACUUCGCUUGAGAACCUCAAGAUGAGCGAUUCCCCGGUCAAGAAGCUGAACUUUGAAGCUUCAGGAAAGGAGAACGCCGCCAUUCCUUACCCCGUCGCCGACGCGCCUACCACCAAGCCCGCCGCUGAGAAGCCCGUUGAACUCUCCAAGGCUGCUAUCAAUGCUCGAGAGAUCGAGGCCAACGAGCCUCUGCUUCAAGAGAACCCCCACCGUUUCGUCCUGUUUCCCAUCAAGUACCAUGAGAUCUGGCAAAUGUACAAGAAGGCCGAAGCCUCUUUCUGGACCGCCGAAGAAAUCGAUCUCUCCAAGGACCUUCACGACUGGAACAACCGUCUGAACGACGACGAGCGCUACUUCAUUUCCCGCGUGUUGGCCUUCUUCGCUGCAUCUGAUGGCAUCGUCAACGAGAACUUGCUUGAGCGUUUCAGCGGAGAAGUCCAGAUCCCUGAGGCUCGUUGCUUCUACGGUUUCCAGAUCAUGAUCGAAAACAUUCACGCCGAGACUUACUCUCUGCUCAUUGACACAUACAUCAAGGAGCCCAAGCAGCGCACCUACCUCUUUGAUGCUAUCGAUACCAUCCCAUGCAUUAACAAGAAGGCUCAAUGGGCCAUCAAGUGGAUUCAGGACCAGGAGUCCACCUUUGCUCAGCGCCUUGUUGCCUUUGCUGCCGUCGAGGGUAUCUUCUUCUCUGGCUCGUUUGCCUCCAUCUUCUGGCUGAAGAAGCGUGGUCUGAUGCCCGGUCUUACCUUCUCCAACGAGCUCAUCUCCCGUGACGAGGGUCUCCACACUGAUUUCGCCUGCCUGCUAUUCUCUCACCUCAACUGGCGCCCGUCCAAUAAGGUUGUCGAGGACAUCAUCGUUGAGGCCGUCUCUAUUGAAAAGGAGUUCCUCACGGAUGCUCUCCCUUGCGCCCUCCUCGGCAUGAACUCUAAGCUCAUGUGCCAGUACAUCGAGUUCGUCGCUGACCGCCUGCUGGUUGCUCUCGGCAACAAGAAGUACUUCAACGCCACCAACCCCUUUGACUUCAUGGAGUCCAUUUCUCUCGCCGGUAAGACCAACUUCUUCGAGAAGCGUGUUGGUGACUACCAGAAGGCUGGUGUCAUGGCCAGCACCAAGAAGGAUACCAAGCAAGACGAGAACAAGUCCAGCAACAGCAACGGCCUGUCCUUCGACGAGGACUUUUAG